UCUUUCUUCCUCACAAGUCGUACCACCAAACUUCCAUUUCAGCUCUAUCUCUCUCUUGUUCGAGAUCCUUCUUCUUCUUCUGCAAAUCCAUUACCUGAUUCUCAAGUUAUCAUCGACCAUGAUCUCUGUCGUAAUCCUCGCUGAGCUACUGGUGGAGUACACAUCAGCUAUCGCUAAACUCACCGUCGGGAUGCUUCCUAGACGGCAAGGAGGCGACAGCAACGUCGUAAGAGUUGGCGGUUUCAUCUUGCCUUGUCCUUCUCCUUCGAGUACUAACCGGUCGUCGCCGUUCCCGGACUUUUCUUCUCAUCUCGUAGACUUCUGAUCUGCUUGAAGACUUUUUAGAGACUUUGUUGCGGAUCUUCUCCUCCUUCUUGAUCUAAUUGAAAAGUGACGGCUGAGUUUUUUUUCCACUGAGUGUAUCUCUCUGCCUCUCUUUCUCUAGAUUGUGAUGAAUCGCUUAGAACUUUGUAAAUUUUUGUAUCGAAAUAUAAUAGAAAGUUAUACAUCUUUGAUGAA